UCCCAAUAAAAAAACUUCUAGAACCAGGGCUGGUGAUGGCAGCAGGUGCUUAGGGCAUAGGUCUCGAUUCGAUCCAUCGCGCCUGAAUCGAAUAGAUUCGGAUCGAGUCCCGCCGCCGGCGAGGGGCUCGGCGCUCGGCGCAGGAUGGCGAGCGGCAGCAGCAACGGGGAGCCGAGCACGGCGCCGCAGCCGAAUCGGUGGUAUGACCUCCGUUUGGGUUCCUCCUGUCGCGACCCUUCGCCCACCACCAAGUUCUGCACCCUCCGCUAUGAAUUUAAGCCAGCAUCAAUUGACAAGACUCAAGCUGGGUCUCUGCAGAGUACCAAAGAUAACCGGGUUACUGUGGAAUUCCACAAUAAUCAGCCUGGCAAGCCAAAGGUGACAUUUGAGGGAAGCCAAGAAGAGUACAAGGAUAAUGAUGGUGUCUUGUUUUUUGAUGGUGAGACCUUCCGCCUGGAGAGGUUACAUCGGGCUGUCAAGAGAUUAAGGCAUGUACGAGUUCCGGGAGAGUCUGCAGCUGCUAAUUUGGCAACUACAAUUACUGGAAUGGGUGCAGAAUCACAUUCUCCUCCAUUAGCUAAAGUCGGCAAGUCACAGUCAAUAAGUAAACCAACAGUUCACUCUGUCCCAGUUGAGGUUGAGCGUAUUGACAUCGGGGAACCUGAAAAUUCAGGCCCAAGGUACAAUAACAAGAGCACCACAUAUCAGCCUGUUACCACAGACCCAUUUGCCCUUUCACCAUAUCCAAAUGACGAAGAUGAUAAUCUCGAUAUACUUGGUGAUGAUGAUGAUAAUGUCUCACCAAAUAACAUAACCUCAGGACAAGGGACAUCUGUUUGUGGUUUUGACAUCAACCUACCGAAUCAGGGCAAUAUGGAUGAUGAAAUUGCUGAUGUAGAUGUAAACGAUGAGGCUGAUGAGGGGCUCAAUGCAGCUGAGGCGCUGCGUGCUCAAGUGAACGCAGAGCAGGACAGCUCUAGCUCUAGCGGGAGCAGCAGCAGUAGCAGCAGCGGGAGUGGUAGCGGGAGUGGGAGUGGGAGCAGCAGCAGUGAUAGCGAUGGAAGUGAUGGUGUUUCGGCGAGCUCAGGAGCUGAUGUUGAUAUAUGAGCUUGAUAUGCAAAGUUAUCUUUCGACAUAUGUCUUGGUUCACGGUUUUUCAUUUUUAGCAAAAGAGGUGUAAGGUCUGUAUAUGUUGGCUAAUAUUGCACAGGUACAUUAAUUACCAUCAUGGCGAACUUGGUUGGUUGGUUUCACUAGACCUGGUCUAGAAGCACAGAAUCUGUAAGCAGAUAUGUACAACUAUGUCCUUAUGCAACAUUGUUGUCAACUUGAAUGAUAUUUGUUCUGUUGAGAUGACUAAAGGUUAAAAGUGCAGAGAUAUAGAUAGCGUUA